AUGGCCGCUCCUCAAGUCCACCACCUCUUCCAUGCCCCAAUUGCUGAUCACUCGUUCUCGUCCGACAGACAGACACUUGCUGUUGCCCGCGAGAACAAUGUGGAGCUGUACCAACAAUCAGGCAACAAGUUCGCGCUGAGCGAUGAACUGAAAGGCCACGAGAAGACCGUCACGAGUGUUGAUAUCGCUCCUAACAGUGGUCGCAUCGUUACCUGCUCGCAAGACCGCAACGCUUACGUAUGGGAGCAGACUCCCUCCGGCUGGAAACCUACACUGGUUCUUCUCCGAAUCAACCGCGCUGCAACCUAUGUGCGGUGGUCUCCCUCUGAACAAAAAUUCGCCGUCGGUUCCGGAGCUCGCGUGAUCGCCGUCUGCUACUUCGAGGAGGAGAACGACUGGUGGAUCUCGAAGCACUUGAAGAAACCCAUUCGCAGCACUAUCACCACGCUCGCAUGGCACCCGAACUCCGUGCUCCUGGCUGCCGGUUCUACCGACUCGCACGCACGUGUCUUCUCCAGCUUCAUCAAGGGCGUCGACACUCGUCCGGAGCCCAGUGCCUGGGGUGAGCGUCUUCCGUUCAACACCAUCUGCGGUGAAUUCCUGAACGACUCGGCUGGCUGGAUUCAGGGUGUCAGUUUCUCCCCGAGUGGUAACGCCCUUGCCUUUACUGGUCACGACAGCAGUGUCACUGUUGUGUAUCCAAGUGCGCCCGAGCAGCCUCCUCGUGCGAUGCUGAACAUUUCCACCCGCCUGCUUCCUCUGAACAGCCUUAUUUGGAACGGUGAGAACGAGAUUAUCGCUGCUGGACAUGAUUGCGAGCCAUUCCGCUUCCGUGGCGACGAGAGUGGCUGGCAGCUUGCAGGCUCGCUUGAAAACAAGGACGGAGCUGGAACUGGCGGAGCCCGUGAGGAGUCUGCCUUGAACAUGUUCCGCCAGAUGGAUCUCAAGGGCCAGGCGCAGGUUGACACCAAGCUCAAGUCGACUCACCAGAACACCGUCAACACGGUCCGUGUCUUCCAAGAGUCUGCCGGUCAGGUCUCAUCCUUCAGCAGUAAGGUCGCCCGCUCAACGUUCUCCUGUCUUCAGAAUACUGACAUUCUUUUAAGCCAGCGGAGUCGAUGGACGUGUCGUGGUUUGGUCAACCUGAACAGUGCAGUCUCGUGA